CAGGCGGAGCGGGGCGGUGCGUGGCCGCGCUCCGAUGAAGGUGGGCUGGUGCGCCUGGGCACACCUCCAGUGCGACGAGUUAAGCUGUGAGUGCCUCGGUGGUGGCACCGAGAGCGGAGCGGUGACCGAUGGAGCAGUUUGAGCUGUUGUGUUGGGGUGUUUUGCAUCUCUAGGCUGUGUGGGUGGAUUGCUGCUGGUUUUACUGCUGGCAUCAGUGCAUACGUGUGCUUAGAUGUUUGGUAUUUAAAAAUAAACCACAAAGAUAUAUAGACAUAAUUUUUUUGUCAUGAACGAUAAGUGUUGAAUACAGUGCUUGUAGAAUUCCAGACUGAUUCCUGGUUUUCAGUGGUUGAUAACGUUGACGGCAUAUAUGCGUAUGUUUAGAAGCAGGUGACUAGGGAACAAAGCUUAACUGGAUGGAUUUACAAGCAUACCGAAAUAGAAAUCUCUGGUGUUUUCUCCUCCUAAAACAUAAAUGUGACGACCCUUUUGCGUAUCUCCUAUAAAUGGAAGAGCUAUAGCCUACGUUCUAUAGGACAAAUUAUGUUCAUUGAUUAUUAAAUAUAUAAAUUUAACAGUAAAGAAGCAAACUAAUGUUCUAUCACAGCGGGCAAAGAAGUAAUUAGUUCAAUUAAUUUUGAUUCCUGCAUGAAAACACAACUUUGCUUUGUAUCACUGAGCUAAUUUCAUAUGUCUUUUCCUUUUGGUUUUCCUGACCAUCCAUGCUUUUGAUAUUACACCAAUUAAUAGCACCUAUAGAGACAUCUGUAUAAGUGAUAUGCAGUGGGUAUGUGUCAAGACAAGCCAUUUCACGUUUCUUUUGCUAACAGUAAUGAGUAUAGGGUAGUACGCACUGCCUUAUGAAUCAUAUUCCAAUGAAUCAUUAAAGACAAGAACAUGAAAACAUGCCAUACAGUUUCUGGUAACUCAGAACCAGUGAGGCAUGUCAUUUUCAAAGAAUAUUAUAAAAUGAGACUUAGUUUUUGAUCUAAUUGUUCUUAGCAUCUUGAAAUUACUUCUGUCUUGUGUAUCAGUGGAGCUGUUAUUCUUCUCUGUUCUUAUGCCUGUGUAUCAUAUAGACACAGUUAUUGUUAGUAUGCUGUCUGCGAGUACAGCCCAUUAAGUUACACCAGGUCUUAUAACUGAAAUUCACUUUGGCAUCCAAAACACAUUGUUCCUCGAGAGGAUUCUGAUUCAUGUCUAGUUUAAUUUUUUUUCCCCUCUUUGAAUUUAGUGGCCUUGAAGCUCGGUCUCUACUGUAAAACAUACAUGUAGAAAGAAAAUAAAUUUGCUUUCUUCGCUAUUUCUGGAGGGAGUGAUUACUUACCUGGUGUCUUAAAGUGCGGUGCGGUGCUGUGUCACAGACAUCUAGAAAUAAUACAGACAUGUAAAUGGAAAAAAAAUUCUGUUGUUUUCUCUUGUUCAGCUAAGUGUGAUGGUUAGAAAUGAAGUUUAAGUUUUCAGAAGGCAUAACAAUAGAAGCAAAUGAAAGCAAGCCUCAUAGCUUGAAUGAUACACACUCGAUUAAAUCAGGAGAGUGGUUAAAUUGUUAGUCUUACUGGUUGGAUGCUGUGCUGUCGUAUUUCUUUUCUCGCAAAGACUGUCUUUUUAGUUGAACCUAUGUUCCUGGGCAGUUUAUUCACCUAACAAAUUUUACAUUUGGUAAAAAUCUGGAACUUAAUACGCAUCCUUCGGCUGAAGAUCUUUCAUGUGGAGAUGAAGGCAAGAGGCAGAAAGAAGUGCUGUUUAACUGAAGCUUUGUAUUACACGUAUCGUAUAGAAACAAGGAUUUGUUUGACUUUUUUUUUUUUAACAAAAGAAUGAUUCAAGGAACAUUUGCUGACUGCUGUGUGGAGGUUUGCACAUUUGUUUUUGACAGGUUCUCAAUACAGCCUCCUCUUGGCCUUUCAAACACGCGUGCUGCUAUUUGGUGGCUGAAUCACAUAGUGUAAAGAACAGCUCCACCUGGGUAGGACAGGAAUAAGCAUCAUGCUGUAACCAGCAUAUAAUUUAGUCAUUCUGUCACUUGAAGACUUGUUAUUAAGGUUCAAGAUCUCUUCAGCAUGAGUAUAAUUGGCUAGUUCUGUGCACUGGAUUACAAAUCUGUGAGUCUUGGAAAAAAAAAAAAAGAAAGAAAAGAAAAAAGAAAAAAAAGAAAAAAGAAAAAACCUAAUAAAAACAAAACAUAAACAUGAGCUGCACAGAUCAAUACAAGUCUCAUGUCCAACUGCAGCCAUCCUCUGUCACAGUUCAGCUCAGGUGCACUCAAGCAAUGUUUGUAAAGCAUUUAUGCUCUGAGCCAUUUCGAUCCCCACAUCUGACAGGGUUAUGUACUCAACUCUGUCACCUUUUAAUAGUUCUCUAGUUCUCAUUGUAUUUGUUAUAGUAGUCCCCAGAUUGGAUUGGGGAAAAAAAAAUUAAAACACUAAAAACACAGACACACAAGAUAAGGCCUUGCUGUCUAGUGGAGGAAAAACAAGCUUUAUAGGUAAUACUCCUGGAAAAUUAUUUCAAUUGAGAUGAGGCACAAUGUUAAUCAACUUUUCACAACCUGAAAUUGAUUUAAGGUUAGAGAAGAGAAAAUUGAAAAAUACAAUUUAUAUGCAGUUUGUAGUGGAUGGAUUCAAAGGGGAGGAAAUUAUUCUGAAGAUAUUACAUGCCGGCUCAUCUCUCUUUAAGCCCUGUAAACUAGUGGGGAUUUUUUUUUCUGAAUAUUUUCAUUAAAAAUAAGAUGUAUAUGAAGCACUGUUACUUCGUGUUUUGCAUGCAAAACUCAUGUGAGGAUUGGAAUAGAAGCAGCCUGUCUAGAAAAUGGCUUUUCCUGAGAUCUGUAGUGAGGCUUUGCCACAAGCAUGGCUAAUGCAAACCGAAUGCAUUAGCACAUGCUGGAGCGAUCCCUAGCUCGGAAUGUUCACAUUUGUAUGGUAAUAAUCUAAAAAUAAAUUAUAGCCUCUGAUGUCACAAUGUAUGAUUCGUUCUUUCCGUUGUCUUCUGUGCUGAACCCACACACCACUUAGUGUCAUACCAUGUAUUCCGAUAAGUGGGUGCUACUGACUAGCUCCAGUAGAGGGUUAGGACUUUCCAUGCUUGUCUUUCUUCUGUUAUUUAUGGGCUCACUGAGAUUCACAACUUUGAUGGGGAAGUCGAGCCUUUCAAAAGAGCUUAUCUCUGAAGCCACCCACCUGUUCUGUGGGAUAUUGUAGUUGCUUGUGGCUGAGGAUUCAGUCCUUCACCUCUGACUUCAGAGGAGUGUCAGUCUUUUUCUGCUUUAUUUGAGUAUACUACCACAAGGAGAUCCUUAUGGGACAGGCAGAAAUCAAGACGAGAGGCACAGGUUUUAUCAUCUACUACUCUUGGAGAAUUGAAAUGGCUGGCAUAAUCUCUGUGAGCAGUGAAAUCUCCAAUAAAAAAGACACUGUCACAUGGAUAGAUUUAAGACAUAACCAUAGCUUGGAAUAAAGAAUGCCCUAAGCUUCAACAUGAUUCCUCAAAGGGCAACGUUUGUGCUGUAACUAAAAUGACGACAUGUUGCCUCCUAUGGGGGGAUUCUGAAGGUUUCUCAAAGAUACAACACAGCGGCUGAGUGGACUGGACUUCACUGAAAGGAAACAUUUUGCUGAGGAAGUGGAGUAACUGUGGUUCUGUCCUCACUCUACUGCCUGGGACGUGCUGUGCAUUGUCAGGAUUAAGCCAACACUCAAGUCUGGGAUGGGCCUUGGGGACAAACACUCCCUGGUUUCUUCUGACUUUGGAAUUUGUCUAUAGCCAAUCAACUAAGUCACAGAUCAGAUAUUGGUUUCUUGCUGCCUGAGAAAGGUUAUGCUAUUUUUGAAUAGUUUUUUAUUUUAUUAAUAAUUUUCAUUUUCUUGGACUCAUUUUUUCUACUGGUUGUGGGGAAAAAAAAAAAGAGUCCUGCUGAUGUUGAUUUAAAUAAUGUCGAAACCAAUGGGACUCCUAUGGCUGCCUUUGAUCUUCACUCCAGUGUGUGUCAUGCUGAAUUCCAACUUCCUCCUAUGGAUAACUGCACUGGCUAUAAAAUUUACUCUUAUUGAUGGCCAAGCACAAUACCCAGUGGUUACCACAAAUUACGGCAAAAUACGUGGUUUAAGAACACCUUUACCCAAUGAAAUCCUUGGUCCAGUGGAACAGUAUCUGGGUGUUCCUUAUGCCUCUCCUCCAACUGGGGAAAGGCGGUUUCAGCCCCCAGAGCCACCAUCAUCUUGGACAGGUGUCCGUAAUGCCACACAGUUUGCUGCUGUCUGCCCUCAGUACCUGGAUGAGAGGUCGUUGCUCAACGACAUGCUGCCAGUCUGGUUUACAGCCAAUCUGGAUACUGUGGUGACAUAUGUUCAAGAUCAAAAUGAAGACUGCCUGUAUUUGAAUAUCUAUGUGCCCACAGAAGAUGGAGCCAACACAAAGAAAAGCGCAGAUGAUAUAACCAGUAAUGAUCGUGGUGAAGAUGAAGACAUUCAUGAUCAGAACAACAAGAAACCAGUUAUGGUCUACAUCCAUGGCGGAUCUUACAUGGAGGGUACUGGCAACAUGAUUGAUGGGAGCAUUCUCGCAAGUUAUGGAAAUGUCAUUGUUGUCACCCUCAAUUACAGGCUGGGGGUUUUAGGUUUUUUAAGUACUGGGGACCAAGCUGCAAAAGGCAAUUACGGAUUGCUUGACCAAAUCCAAGCUUUGCGUUGGAUUGAAGAAAAUAUUGGAUCUUUUGGAGGAGACCCAAAAAGAGUUACUAUUUUUGGAUCUGGGGCAGGAGCUUCCUGUGUCAGUCUUCUGACACUCUCUCACUAUUCAGAAGGUUUGUUCCAAAAGGCAAUCAUACAGAGUGGAACAGCCCUGUCCAGCUGGGCAGUGAACUACCAGCCUGCCAAGUACACUCGGAUAUUGGCAGAUAAAGUCGGCUGCGACAUGCUGGAUACCACUGAUUUGGUUGAAUGCCUUCGGAAUAAGAACUACAAAGAACUCAUUCAACAGACCAUCACUCCAGCCACGUACCACAUUGCCUUUGGGCCCGUGAUAGAUGGAGAUGUGAUUCCAGAUGACCCUCAGAUUCUCAUGGAGCAAGGCGAAUUCCUUAACUAUGAUAUAAUGCUGGGUGUGAAUCAAGGAGAAGGUUUAAAAUUUGUGGAUGGCAUUGUAGACAAUGAAGAUGGUGUUUCUCCCAAUGAUUUUGACUUUUCUGUCUCCAAUUUUGUGGACAAUCUAUAUGGUUAUCCAGAGGGGAAAGAUACACUCCGAGAGACCAUUAAAUUCAUGUACACGGACUGGGCAGACAAGGAAAACCCUGAAACAAGACGGAAGACCCUGGUAGCACUUUUUACUGACCACCAGUGGGUUGCUCCUGCUGUUGCCACUGCUGAUCUGCAUGCCCAGUAUGGAUCUCCAACGUAUUUUUAUGCAUUUUAUCACCACUGCCAAAGUGAAAUGAAACCAAGCUGGGCUGAUUCAGCUCAUGGUGAUGAAGUCCCUUAUGUGUUUGGCAUUCCUAUGAUUGGACCAACAGAAUUGUUCAACUGCAACUUUUCCAAGAAUGAUGUCAUGCUCAGUGCAGUAGUUAUGACAUACUGGACAAACUUUGCCAAAACUGGAGAUCCAAACCAGCCUGUUCCACAAGACACAAAGUUCAUCCACACAAAACCCAACCGCUUUGAAGAAGUAGCCUGGUCCAAAUACAAUCCUAAAGAUCAGCUUUAUCUGCAUAUUGGCCUGAAACCCCGAGUUCGUGAUCACUACCGAGCAACAAAAGUUGCUUUCUGGUUGGAGCUUGUGCCACACCUUCACAACCUGAAUGAAAUUUUUCAGUAUGUUUCCACAACAACUAAAGUACCCCCUCCUGACAUGACAUCAUUUCCUUAUGUUACUCGACGCUCUCCUGGUAAAUUAUGGCCAGCCACCAAACGCCCAGCAAUGACACCUGCCAACAAUCCCAAACAUUCAAAAGACACUCAUAAAACAGCUCCCGAGGAUACAACAGUUCUGAUAGAAAACAAGCGAGAUUACUCCACAGAGCUGAGUGUCACCAUUGCUGUGGGAGCAUCCUUGCUGUUCCUCAAUAUUUUAGCUUUUGCUGCAUUAUAUUACAAGAAGGACAAGCGGCGUCAUGAGACUCACAGGCGCCCUAGCCCCCAGAGAAACACAACCAAUGAUAUCGCACACAUACAAAAUGAAGAGAUCAUGUCAUUGCAGAUGAAACAGCUGGAACAUGACCAUGAGUGUGAAUCACUGCAGGCCCAUGACACGCUGAGACUAACCUGUCCGCCUGACUACACACUUACUUUGAGAAGGUCUCCAGACGACAUUCCACUCAUGACUCCCAACACCAUAACCAUGAUCCCAAAUACAUUAACAGGAAUGCAGCCUUUGCAUACUUUCAACACCUUCAGUGGAGGACAAAACAGUACGAAUUUGCCCCAUGGACAUUCAACAACUAGGGUAUAGCUCAGCCCUUCCCCCCUCACAAGCCACCUGGAGGAAAGAAAGAAAGAAAGAAAAAAAAAAAAAAGAAAAAAAGAAGAGGAAAAUGUUAUAUCAUUCAUUGAACAUCUUGUUCAAAUAUUAAGUAAAAACAAGUAAAAGAGAAGGACAGUCAUUAUUUUCUUACUGUUCCUUCCCAAAGAAACUCUCUGAUGUUAAAGAUCAACUAUAAGCCCUGUGAAAUGUGAAAAGUGUACAUUGCUGUUAUAAUACUGCUUUAAGAUCUCAACCCCUUUAAUUGAAAGUUGAGGCCAGAAGAAGUCACUUAAAAUGAUGUUUUGAGCGUAACGAGCAAAGCAGACACUUCUGGAACACAGAGCCACUGACUGUACAGAUGUUCUGGUUUGGGUUUUUUUUUCGUUGUUGUUUGGUUGGUUUUUUGUUUGGUUUUAGUUUUGUUUCUUUUUAAUAAAUAAAAUUAAAAAUCUUUAUGUGCCAUACGAUGAAUGGCCCUUGUUAAAACAAAGACAUCAUCAUGGGCUUUUACCCAGCAUAUGAAGCUGUAAUCCAGAUGGGGGAAAUAGAGUUUUAUUAUUAAUAACAAAAAUGGAAAAAAAAAAAAAAAAAAAGAGGAGGACUGACUAUGCAGUAAAAUACGUAUAGUUCUGUGCAUAGAGGUGACUUGCCAGCCUGAACUAUAUUUAAAGAAACUUUGUAAAAAUGUACAUAGAUGUGCGUUUAAAAACAACUACAACAAAAGAAGCUUUUAUUGAUGUUUUCAGUUUGAAAAGAGCUUUUGGAAAGAUUGUGCAUUCAGUUGUGACCUAUGUGUAUAUACAUUAGUCAUAUCACCUCUGUUUCCUCCAAGGCCAAGGGAGGAUUUUCUUCUUAAUUACUAGUGGUAAACAAAAAACAUGCGGUUUUUCUAACAUUUCAUUUAUAUGAGGCUAUGGUGUCAUGCAGAGGAUAAAGUUGUCUGUGUGACCUGACCUAUUUUCUCUUACAGGUUACACUAGUGCAUGUUAAAGUAUUCAUAGGAGAUUGCUAUUCUUUUCUGAAACCUUUUUUUUAAAUAUAUAUAUAUAAUUUAAUUUUGUGUUAGCUUUUGUUAAAUUGCAACACAGCAACGGAUAUGAAAAUGGAAAAUAAUACAAAAGGAACAAACAAACAAACUAAAAAAAAAACAAAACAAAACAAUUACUAUCAUAAGCUUGUUGAACUGAACCAAGAGAUAUCCAAUAAUAUAUGUUCAAAGAGUCCAGUUUGUAGUUCUUGGUUAUUGACAUAAAUUAGGAAGAGUUUUGUGCCCUGACAAUAGCAACGAAAGACCCUGUUUAUGUGAGCCUUUUCUGAGCAAACUAGCUCUAUAUUCACCAGCAGUUGCAGAGGGAUCUUAGCUGAGAAAAUACCUCCUCAGCUUUGCUUAACAAAAGAAAAAGUGAAAUUUGAAAGUUGGGAAAAUGAUUCAUUGGUUGGCUGGUUGUUUCUUUAAAGUGUUCAGAAACUGUUCAGAAAUGAACAGCGUUUAAAGAACUUCUCUGCCCACUAUGCAGUUUUGCACCUGAGGAAAGAAUCUUCCUGUCAGAAAAUACUUUCCUGCUUUAUUACAGUGCCAUUCUUAGUGAAAAUUAUGGAAACAGAAGCAGAGAUGUCAUCAUAACAUCAUUGUCAGGAAAGUCAAAACUCUUAGCUGAUUAUUCCCUUCUGCCCUUCCUUCACUAGGAAGAGCCUUGCAGUGCUAUCAAACAAGGAAGUUAGCAAUUUGAUUCAAACACCUGAUUUGAAUGAAAAGCUAAAAAUAAGUUCUCACAGAUGGAGAUUGCUUUGUAUUUUGUCUUAGAAAUUUACUGUGUCAUCAAGAGAUCGUAACCAAAGAUAUUUGAACAAAAUUGGUCUGCACUUGAACAUGGUUAUCCCAGAUGUUUUUUGUAUUAUAAAUUCAUAACUAAGCUGCAUCAAUACCAUAUGUCCCAUAGUAAUCUAACACAGGAUGCCUUGUACCUCUUUUCGUUUUCUACAUAUAUAUUUUUUUUUAAUAAGACAUCUUGGAAUAGUCCUUCUGGUGAAUAAAGAUGACAGAGUGAUUCAAUGAAGUCAAUACAACUUCUUGUAGCAUGUAGUAAAGCAGAUUCUGAGGGAAAGAAAUAAAAGGAAAGUUAAUUAUAUAACAAAAAUGCAACACGUGGCUGAUAUAAUCCCUUAUCUGUAAUGUACUAUUACCUGACCUGGAUGCUCAGGUUGGAACAUGGUGAAGCAACAAGCCCAAAGUACAAGUCGUAGCAAAUGGAAAACCGCCUUUCUCAUUAAUCCAUCACAAAAUGUUGAUUAAUGCUGACUCUAGACCAGUCCAUUUCCACCACCUAUGUGAUGCCUCAGCUGAGAUGCAGCAGUUCAUAACUCUUAAAAUAAUAAUUAAAAAAAAAAAAGAAAAAAAAAGAGAAAAAAAAAAGAAAAUAGUUAAAAAAAAAGAAAAAAUAAAAAAGGUAUUGAUGCUUGGCAUCAUAAUCAGUUGGGUAUGUUUGUAAUGUGAAUUACAGUAUUUGUUUAGUACUUCCAAUUGUCUUCUGCUAGCAAUAUGUACAGUACUGUGUCAGGCUUGUGACAUUUGGGUAAAAAAAAAGUUCCUGUAAGUGAAUGAUUUUAGCUUUUAAAAGUAAUUGCAAUCAAGUUGAUUUAAUAAUUCAGUACAUCUGGACUGAUGUAUGAUUUAUAGAGGGAGCAGAUUUAUAGGGUCUUAAUAGAAUUCUAUAAUAAUAAUAACAAAAUAUACUUUGAAAACUAUAAAAGAAAAAUAGAAGUACUUUCCCAGGCUUAUAUUCUUGACCUUAUGAGGCACGCAGGGUUUAAUGGUUUCUUCUGUUAUUGUUUUUGCAAUCUUUUGUUUUUUUUUGCCUUAAGUAAUGAUAGAAGAUAUAUAUGGCUGGACACAUAUGUAUAAACUUUUCAGCAUUUUUAAUAAUAAAUAUCACAGUAUUUUCUAAUGCUUUGUGCAAAGAACUACGUGUUCAUCCUUUUUUUUUUUUUUUUUUUUUAAUAGAAAGUCUCUCGGAGGUACAUUUUCUGUCCCAUCUCCACUUCAUUAUCUAAUGUAAAUGAUGCCUUGAUACACAAUACAUGAAUAUUAAAAUAACAGAGGUUUUGCCGUUAAGUUAGCAUUGAGUUUUCAUGGCUUUUCUAGUUGUAUAAGGCUACCAGUAAAAGGAAGGAAACUGAGCAAAUGAAGACAUGAGAAUAAACUCCUUAUAUUUAUCAUCUGUAUGAACUGUAACUCCCUUCGAAGUAAUGAUUUAAUUGGUCUUCUAGUAUUUUCUGUAACACUGAAAAAGAACUUAGGUAAGCAGCUUCCCAUAUUAAUGUGUAAUUUAGCAGCUGAAAAAUAUAUCUUCCAGAUUAAGGUUCAAAAUGAUUCAGAAAAUCUAAUACAUCCAGUCUCCACAAGUAAAUAUACUUUUACUUUGUAUUUAAAAUUUAGGUAAAUGACAAGUUUUGUUAGAAAAAUAUGUCGGAGUAGCAAUAUAAAUUACUCAUAUAUGUUUAGGGGAUUUACAUAUAUUGCAGAUAUGUCAAUAUCAUUCUUCCUUCAAAAGUUGAGUAAGCAAAUAUAAUUUGUUCUUUUAUGCUAUUAAAUUCAUCAAUCAGGUUUCCCUUCACUGGAAAGGUACAUAGACAUUUUAGUAAUUUUGGCUGGGUAUUGUUUGCUUUCUGUAACUAUUCUAUUGAAUACAGGUACUAACAAUCAGGUUUCGUGAAUUUUGAGAGUAUUAUUGAAGAGUAUUUGCAAAAAGCAAAGUCUAAAUGAUUCAUAUCAGAUUUUUGAUAUGAAAACCAAACUUCCGAGAUACAAACAUAUUUUGUGCCUACUGACCUAAUCAAGCAGCUUGAAUUUUGAAUAUUCAAUUUGUAUAUAAAGCUUUUGCAAAUAAACUGCAGAUUUAGAGUUGUUCAGCAAAUAUGUUUUACUACAGGUAAACUGAAAUUUCACAGCUUGCUUAGAGAUAAUUCAUACACAAGAAAAGAGGCUAUAAUUGUGUCAUUUCUGUGAACUGUUCACCUUAAAUUGCUGGGUGAACUCAAUAAAUAACCUUUUUUUGCAGUUAUGGAUUUCACAUUAAAAAAAAAGCUUCAGAAGUUUGCUCUUGCUAAUUAAAUAUUGUGUUGUUUUCUUUCUUUGAUGUCUGAGAUAUAGAUCUGCAGAUUAGUAUGUUUCUAUUUGCACAUAGACAUAUGACAACUAAAUGGUAUUUUAUAUAACAUAAAAAUCGUACAAGGGAAUACCAUGAUAAUUUUGUGCUUGUCUCAGAUUUGUAGAUAUACAUCUGUAUUAUUUAGUGUCAACUGUUUUUCAUAUUUUCAUCUACAGCUGUUUGACAUCACAAAUCUCAUCAGCCUGAAUCUCCCCAGAGGCCAUUUGCUGCUGGUAAAACUGGGAUUUUCAUCCCACUAGAAAUUAUGGUAUUAUGCAUUUAAUAUCGUAAUGUUUAAAAAUAUUUCUCCUCACCUCAAAAUAAGUAAGAUAGUGACUUUUUAUUGAAGCAAAUGGAAAAUAAGUGAGGGGUUUGGAAAUGUUUAAAUAACUUGCUUGAAGUGUAGCAUAAUAAACAGCAUAUCACUUUGGGUUGCAGUUUAGAUUCAAACCAUUUUGUUUGUUUUUCAGCUAUGGCCACCAAGGCUCUCACUCUGUUAGUUAUGUUUUUAGAAGUUAUGCUUUCAGUUUUUUAUGACCCUCUCAGACUAGUUUAUCUAAAUUUUACUGUGGUAAUGAAACCCAGCUCACUCAGGAAUGGUAUAUGUAUGUUCCUCCAGAAGUAAUUCAUCCACCAUUAGCUAUGCAUUUUCUCCAGCAAUUUAAAAUCUGUGCAACUGUUUGGAACAUGGCUUGUCUUUCACAUCGCUAUCACCGCUGCUGAAAUGUGCACCUCACUGUGCUCACAUCCACUAUUUGGUCUCCACAAACAUUUGGCAAGUGUCAAUGAAUAUCAGUGGGUGCCAUUUUUUCUUCAUGGAGAAUUUCAGUUCCAUACCUUUCCUUAAUUUACAGUUCCAUGGCAGACACCAUUUUGUCAGACUAUCCAUCUACUGCCAUAAUAUCAACAUUCGCCUCUGACGUCAUGGGCCAACAUAAUAAAAGCAGAGGCAUUACUUUUGGAGCUGCCUUCAUUGUUGCAAUCCAAUCACAAAAUCCAGGUCAAAGAAUUUUGUCAGAAGCCAAAUGAACUGAAGAGGUAAUUAAUGAGAAUAUAUGUUAGUAUUGUAAUAACUGAAAUGUAGAAUAAGCAUGUAAUAAAUUAGCUACAUUUGAUGUUUUUCAAUUGAAAGUUGACAAAUGUUUACAAUAUGUACAUUUUCCCAACUUCAUUUUCUACCCCUUCCCCACAAAAAAUAUCAAGAUAUUUCCAGCCAAUUCUAGUCAUUUCGUGAAUAUUCACUCACGUAAAUGAGAAACAAAGCAGAUGACAUCUUCUUGUUUCCUACCCUCAGGUACUGAAAGCAUAAUUUUUUUUCCCACUCCUACUCCUAGUUAGGAAUUGUAGUUUAUCCAGAUACUUCAGGGUAGUCCCAUUCCCCAAAUUCUUGGUUUAAUAGUAAAGGAAAUCCAGACUUAGAGCAAACAUAUAUUUACUUAGACUAGCAAGUAGUUACCUUUCUCCUCUACAGCCAAAACAUGGCACAAAAAAAUUGUGAACUUUAACUGUGCUUUAUUUUAAAUCAAUAUCUAAUUUCUAGAGACCGCUUUCUCUGCUUGUGAUGUCUCAUGUCAUGCUUUUUGCUGUACCUAACUCACAGUACUUACUCAUAUCAUCCCAUAUAUCUUAUCUCUAUUUCAUCUAUUUCCCUGAGAGAUAAAGAUGAAUUUCUAUGUUUUGUUUGGUUGUUUGUUGGUUUUUUUGUUCUGUUUUCUUUUUCUUUUUUUUUUUUUCUGUCACAACCAUUAUGUUUGACCCCAGAUGUGUUCUAUUCUGUGCUGUAUGACUGAUGGAGCAUUUUUUAUCUGUCAUUUUCCUUGCCUUGUUUUUAGUGCUCAGAAUGUUCCCCCUGAAGGACUAUUUACAUAACAGUAUUUACAUAACAAUUUGUAAUCUUUGAGUCUUCAUCUCUGUGCUGCCUGCACUUUGUGUCAGUCCAACAGUUGUAGUUUGACAUGGUGCUUGUCUCAGUGGGAAGUGUCAGCUUGGAGUCAGGUUCUCUUGUUACUCUGCUAUUAUUCACUGUCAGUAUUUGGUUUUUUUGUCUAUUGUUUGUGAAUCAAAGAUAAACUAAAUUAGUUCAUCAUGAUAACACAUACCAAGUUUUCUCAAACACUAAAAUGUCAUUAUUCUUAAUUUUAAUUCUUGUUUAGGUAUACGAUUUAAAUUACACUGUAUCAUGAAAACAACAAAAAUAAUCUAAAACAUUCUCAUUUAAACCUUUUACAAACAUCUCACAUCAGAGCAAACUAAUAGAUGCCUGUCACAGAUAGCCUUUAAUGACAGGAAUUCAUGGUAUAUUUGUGCACUGGCUCCCACCUGAUGAAGAUACUUCCUUCUAAUAUCUAUGGAAAUAAAUAUAAUUACUAUUCUCAUGCUUAAAGAUGAUAUUACCUUGUAUCAAAAAUGUUUAAACCAGCUAAGUUGAAGCUCACAGAAACUUCAAAUACUGAGGAGCACUCUCUAGCAUCCUGCACUGGUGGUUAUUUUGUAAAAGCAACAAGCUGAACUUGAUGGAGAGUAGUUGCACUGAGUGCUUUCUACACUUCAGUCACCGUAGAGGCCACUUCAGAAGCUAGAAUGGAAUUUGCAUGUUUCAGGAAUAGGAUGCUGACAAAACAUUUUUAAUGGAGUUUGUACUUUCAAGAGUUCCUGUAAGCAGUAGCAAAGAAACCGAAGGGAGAAAGGUUUGAAAUAAAUAGGAAUAAAAUGUGCAUGGUUUCUAAAUGAAUUUGACAGGCAGAAAUACAAAAUGAUAUGAUGUAGUGAAGUAUGAACUUAAACCAAUGUGAUGGAUUUCUAUGUAGAUUGGUCAACAGAAUAAAAAGAGCAAAUUCUCAAAGGGUAGAUUUUUACAGGGACUAGUUAAAUAAAAUCAGUAGAGAUAAUUAGUUUAUAAUGGGAUUUUGAAAAAAAGCAUUGUGUUGUAAUGCUAUAUCAUACGGGUUUAGAUUUGAAUAUAAUCUACAGUACUCAUCUGAGUAUUGAGAAGUACAAAAUUAGAUCCCAAGAUGCCCUCCUUUUGCCAGAAAAUAGUGCUGCUAUGGUAGAAAAUACAACAAAGUGAAAUGUGCUCUUAUGUCUGUAAAUGACUAAAGAAACUUUCCAAUCAUUUAAUUCCAAGAAAGAUGAGGUGCCAAACUUGAUAAAUAUGGAAUAAUGAAAAUAGAAACCAGGCACAGGUCCCACCUAGGGAGCCAUCUUGUAUAUAGAGUCCAACAGACAGGAAUUAUGCUGAAAAUCUGCUUUCCUGGUGCAGAGGGGUGGAAAAGAAAGGUCCCUAGAACAUGCAGUGUUCCAGUAACCACUGGCCCUUGAGACAUCAAAAAUAAUAUUUGUCAGAGUUGCUUGGAUCUUGGGGUAUAACCACAGAUCAGGUGAAUAUGCAUGUAGUUAAAAUAUUUUCUUUCAUUUGCAACAACUCUAUAAAUUACUGCUUCAAUAAACAGUAAGUACAAAGAUACUUACCUUUUCUUGCUGAGUCUAUGGAUAUAAAGUAAUGUAUGCCAAGGACAUAUGGAAUAACUGCCAGCAGCUCUCAGACCUGCAGCACACAACUAAAGACAGCCAAAGACUAUAACUGCUGGAGCUUUGGGUAGCUGACAGCUCUAUCAGCCAUCACAUAUUCAGCUCCUGCUACCAACACACCAUCUAGAAAUUGUGUGUAAAGUAUUUUCUUGUGGAGGACAGUUUGUUCCUAUUGAAGGCUGUCAUCUAUCUAGGGACGAAUACAGAUUAAAAUAUGGUAAUAAAUUGGUAACUGUGCUGACAUAGCUGGUUUACAAACAACUUUCUUGGCACUCAGCAGCUUACUAAGACAUGAAUAAUAAGAAAUGUAAAAAUCUUUUCAAUAAGGAUCUUGUGAAAGACAAUACCAACCACAAAAUAGAAAAUGCAGAUAAUUUUGGUUCAUGAAAUCAUUGUAGUUUGAAGUAAUUCAGCAACUUCUAUAAAUUCUCCUGAAUUUGGAAUUCACAUUUAAUAAUAUGAAGCCUGCAAGUAAUCCUGGAGGAGUAGGGAAUCACAACAAGUCCCAUUUUGUGGAUUUAUGCUAAACUAAGGAUAGUUCUCUGUAUGUACCCGAGAUAUUGCCUCAUCUUUAUGUGUCCCCUGGAAUUAUUUGGUUUUGAUGUCACCUUGCAUAGUUUAGCGGACUACACAUUUGAUCUUGUAGAAAUCUAUUGUCAUCUCUGCUCUUCCUAAAAGUACAGAAAUAAACCACAGGACAAUUGAAGUGUUCUGAGUUACACAGUAUCAUACAUCUUUCCACAACAGUCAAAUUUAUUCUAACUUUUAUAACUACAAUUCAAACAUUUUGAAUUUUCCUAAUAUUGCUUUAAUAAGAAGGGAGAAUGACACUAUCCACUUAAUUUCACAGGAACAGCUGCAAUAGAUCUAAAGCAGAUGAUUGUUAUUUUUUCUCAUCUGUUAAGAAAAUCAACUUAAGGCAUACUAGUACUUUUCUCCUUCUUGAUGGGAUUUGAAAAAAUUAAUUUUUAUUUAUUUUAGUUUUUCUUCGGGGUUAAUUUAGAAACUUAUAAAACAAAUGUGAGCUGAUUCAAAAACAUAAACCAGAGCAGUUCUUAAAUGGAAAAUAAAUAAAUAAAUAAAUAAUAAUAAUAAAAGAUAAAAUGAACAAAACAAUAUUGUUUUUACUUCUGGGAUUGUUAUAUACCUCCACAACUUUAACAAUCAUUUUCAGAGCAGUUUCUGUACUAUAAAAUUUGAAGCAUGAGGACAUGGAAGUCAUUUUAUAUCAUAUCUUAUUUGACAAAGUAUAAGUACGCUUUCUAGUUGAGGGACCUAGAAGUCUACUUAUUUAGACACCUGGGACAUAUUUCUACGUCUAUCUGUGUGUACAGAUAUAAUUAUGACAUAUAGAAGUAUGUGGUUAUCAUUUGCUUCUUGGCUGCCAAUUUUCAAAGUCAGAUUACACAACUUACUUUCAAUGAUUUCUUAUCACAGAAUGUGAAAGAUACCAAUGCAUUUCACUGGUAUUUUGGAACACAUUGUUUUAAUUUCCCCCCCCCCCCCCCCCCAGAAGUGUACACUUGUUUUUCUCAAAGAUUUACACAAAAAUGUAACUGAGGAGGGUAGCUGGAAGUACAACUUGCCUUUUAUUUUCUUCACUAAUUUGGUGAAUAUGAGUCCUCAGCUGUCAUAAUUCUGCUGCAGAUUCUAGUUCUCAGUCCUCAGAAAAAGAGAAUGAACCUCAUUCACCUGUGAGAAGUGAGGUUAUGGAUAAAAGUGUGGGUAAAAGUGAGUGAUCCAGAAUGGACAACUGAACAGAGGGAAUACUGAAGAAAAAAAAAAGGAAAGGAUACACCAGAAAAGAGGAAGAGAGAAGAAAUAGGAAGCACACAAUGAGAAAAAUAGUUCAGAAAACAGUACACAGAGCAAGAAGUAACACUGUACUGCUAAAGUGUGUUUAUGUUAGUAUUUUCACUUGGACCAGGAGCAUAUUGUAAAAGAAAAUCUCCCCAUUCCCAUUUAUCAAACCUUCUUCACAAAGUAAACUUCGCUUCACAUUAUAAUCAGUCUUGGGACAGAGCUGGAUUCCAUUUCUAUGAAGGUAUCUACUGAGCCAGAUGAUCUAGGACUGCACGCCCUGUCUCCAAGCAAAUCGCUGAGAUCUAUGGAUGCAAAACAAAUUCUCUGACACUUCUGCACAACCCUGGCAUCAGUUCUUGUCCCUCUUGUAUUUUACAGGCUAGAAAUUUAUGAAUAUGGCUUUGGGAUAUAAAAUGAUGGACAUUUCCCACCCUGUCAAGGCUAAUUCAUCUUGCUUUCAAAGUUCAGUUCAUGGUUCACUGCCUUUGUUUUCAACCACAAAAUGCUUCCUAAACUGUAAAGUCUUAAAGCCAUUUGCAAAACAUUUACUUGUCUUGAAAUUCUGCUCAAUUCCAUUAAAAAAGAAAGCAGUUCCCACUGUUUACUUUGGACAUACUGGAAAAAGGGUACUAGUUUUCCCUUUUUCUUUAAAUAUAGCAGACACAGGAUUAAUAGUAGGUCUAAUUCUGUUUGUUACCUGCUUUUAUAACUCCAAAUCUUUUGUUAAACAUGUUAGUGGCAAACUACUUCGUCAUUUUAUUUUAUGUUAUACGUUCCUGACACUAACGUACAAUGCCAGCUACUCAAGGAUGAUGUGAGUGGACAUACACAAGAAAAUGCUGCUAUUACUGCUAAUCUUCAGGACUGCAAACCUUUUUCAAAAUGAAUGCCUAAUUUCACUGCUGUCCUAUGGCACUGCUAAAUCUAGGCACUGCCAUAUUUCUUGUGUUUUGCUAUUCACUUUAGUAAUACUUUUUAUUAUGAGAUUUUGGGGAUAUGAAUUAUGAAUAUCAGUGUUAGGCUGCGUAGUUCCUCUCUGCUUACAUCUAAUUAAAUAUUACAGCUGGAAACAACAUAUUUUUCACAAGACUUUGCAAAAGGAAUGGAGGGUUAUACGUUAUGGUUUAUUUUCCAUUUCAGACAUGGUGAGUAAUCUAGUGUUAAAUCUGAUAUUUUUAUCACUUUAGCUUUUCAUAUUUCAGUUAUAAGCCCUGGUAUUAAAUAAGAAAAGUACACAGAACAACAUAUUUUUUCCUUAUUUCCCUCACUAUUCUGGUAUCAGGUCAAAAACUCCUAGGUUGACUUAUAAUCUACUACAAAACCUAAAGUUUAAGACCUUUUAAUUUAAAGGCAUGUAAAAACAUGCAUUUUCAAUACAUAAAUUAACUUGCAUCAGACUCUUAAAAAAAAAUCUUGAAAAAAUUAAAGAAUUAUGAACAAAAAUUAUAAAAGGCAUCCUAUCCUUGUAGAAAAUAAAUCCUGUGCCUAUUGCUGAUUAUGAUCUACUAGCCUACGCACAUCACUCACUGCCACUGUCUUUAAAAGUACAAAUCAACAUUCUAAAAACAUUUUAAAAGCUCAUGUUCUUUAACAUGAGUAAAAUAUUGUUUGAUUAAAUUUAAAUUUGUGUAGAUGAUACUUCAAAUCCCAUUUUAUUUCACUUUUCCUCUUUUCAUCUAACUAAUAAUUGUUAACUUAAACUUUUAAAAGCUCUCAAGAUUUCCCAGGAACAUGAAACCUUUAGAACAAAUAAUAGGCAUAAAAGCAUGCAUAAUUUGAAAGAAUCAAAGUAAAACAGCUUUUUAGACAAUAUUUUUUUAUUAUGUUUUGCAGUCCUGAUGAAAUUAUAUGAAUUAAAAAAACAGAACAAUUAACAUUUGAAGAGGUAAUUUUAUCAGAGUGUACUGCAUUAAAACUUAAGUUGCUGCAUUUCUAGUGCUGUUUUAAAUGAUGGAGUUAGAAAAUCUGAAGACCUCAAAUAAGCAAAAUGUCCUAUUUCAUUUUAUCAAACCUAUAUCACCGUGAAAAAGUUUAAGUUCAGAGGGACUAAAAAUGCAGUUUCCUUGAAGUAAUUUCAAAUCAAGCAAGAAAACAAAAAAAGGAUAUCCUCAGUGCUGAGGAAAGUAUUUUAUUUUCUUUAUGGGUCAGUGGAAUUAUACAAAGUUGAUAAUUACUUAAUUCUGAAUAUCUGACUCUUGCAUGCAUAAGAUUUAUUGCAGCAUUUUCGUUAGAUUUACUUUGUGAAGACUGAUUUCAAGCUAGAUUGAAUUAAAAUUGAUAUGGUAACAGGAGUAAAAUCAAGAUAGGAAUCAAAAAAGUUUGUGGAAAAAAAAGGAAAAGAAAAAAAAAAACCUUCAGUUUUAAUUGCAGGAAGUAUUUGAAGAGCAUGAAGAAUUGCAGAACCUGACAUAAAUUUGAAGUCAUUCAAAUUAUUGUAUUUGAGCAAGGAAGAUUUGACUCUCAAAUGGAUAGCUGUUUCUGUCAUGGAGACUUUUUUAUUGUUUGAAGUUCUUUGAACAAUAUCUGUGAUAUCUUGUCUGUAGACCCUCUGAACACAUUAGCCACAGUCGAAACAACAAAUAAAAAUAUCAACAGUGUGAUAGUGAUAUUAGAAGAAAAUAAGCCUAUUUAGUAAUCUAUAAGUCAUCCCAUGAAUAUCAGAACUUCUGAAUCUGGAUAUCAAAAUAUUCUUUCAAGGUCCACUUUUCAUAAUUCAAUGCCCUAUCACAAUAAGUUAAUCUGAAAUGAUCAAAGCUAAUUAGCUUUUAAUUAUUAUACAAUGGAAGCAUAUAUGCUUCACAAGAGAGAGUGAAAACUGAAUACGUGUAAAUUCAAAAGUGUAGUUUGCAAACUAGAAGCAGAAAAGCAAUCUCAACAACAACAACAGGAAAGCUUUUAUUGCUGCUGAAGCAUUUGGAUAAUGCAAAAAUUCCUUAAUUCUUUCUAUUUAUUAAUGGCUGUCUUCCAGGACACUUAAAUAGCAGAUAUUAUAUACCUUGUGUCAUAAUGAUUUGCAGAUUUAGAAAUCACAGGUAUUAUGAGGGAAGUCUUAGUGGUUUAGAAAGUUGCUCUUGCUCUUUGCUUUCAUUUUAUUAUUCUGCCUCCCAGUUUAUAAGUAAUUGGUAUGAUUGCACCAAGGCAAGUACUCCUCAGCUAUUCAGGAUGGGAAUAAUGAUGUAGCUAGCAUUCAGCAGCUCUGGACUGCUCCAUCAUGGUUCAACUACAAACAUCCUUCAAGAUAUCCUCAACUGUGCGUGAAGGAAUAGUUUUUCUGACUUCUGCUCUAUGUACCCUAGUUAAAUCUAGCCAAAAAAAAAAAAAAAAAAAAAAAAAAAGACCAGUGGGACAGAGAAUGAAGACAGUUGCUGUAGUUCUCUCUGGUCAUGCAACUAUCAAGAAGGAAAGGAAGAGUGGAAAGGCAUAAGUAAACAGUGAAACCCAAAGGGAAGAUGCACUUACAGUGAAGGUAGAAGCAGAAUAGAUAUAGCACUGUAUUUGGAGAAAAAAAAGAACAGAAAAGAAGAAGGCCUGAGCUGUGGAAUGUGCAGAGACAGAGGUAAAACUGAUGGAGAAACUGAGAAAGACUGGGUGUUCAGGUAAAUAAUUAAUUUUCAAUAAUAAAAAUUGAGUUGCUAAUGUCAGAAACACUAACAUUUUUUGUUAAGCUACUCUAAAAAUAUAUAUAUAUUCAUACUUGCAGAAGGUUAAAAAAAUCCCACACUUAUACCUAGCUCCGAUUGGAACCUGCACCACUAAACCCAGGUGAGUGGGAUGAGAACUACACCAAAAAUUUGGACUUUUUCAUGGCAUUACAGUGUUAGUGGUUUUCCAUGGCAUCAAGGAAUAAAUGUGAUUCAGAAAGGCACAGACAUGGAGAAGAAGAAGCUAAAAGACAACCUCAUUGCUCUCUGCAAUUUGCUGAGGAGGGGAAAUGGAGAAGGCGGUGCUGGUGUCUUCUCUGUGCUGAUGUCAGAACACGUGGAAAUGACAUAUAUCUGCACCAGAGGAGAUUCAGUCUGGGCGUAAGGAAAAAUUUAUUUUCUGUGAGAGUAGCCAAACUCUAGAAUAGAUUUCCUGGAGAGGUGGUUGCUAUCCUAAGCCCGUCACCGUUUGAGGCAUUUGGAUGUCUUAAAUAAUAUACUUUAACUUUUUUGUUAGCCUUGAAGUGGUCUGGCACUCAGACUAGAUGCUUUUUGAAGGUUCCUACAACUGAAUCAUUCUGAUUGUAAUCAUGAACUGUCUGUAGCAAGCAUUUCUGAAGUAUCUCUGAAACAUUUUGAUUGAAGUUUAAUAAUAAAAAGAAAACUGCUAUCAGGACAGAGUGUAAAGACAUAAAAGGACUAUGUCAUAAAGACUGAGUAGAUGGAGGGACAAGGUGAGUGACUGCAAUCAGAAGUAGAAAGAGUAAGUUUUGUUCACUCUAGAAAAUAGCUACUGCAUUCUGUUCAGUUUUUCUUCUAAACAUAAAGAAGAAUAAUCUAUCUUAAUCAUCACAGUCCACUGUUUUCUCAAGGAGUGCACCAUGAUAAUGUUUGGUACUUACUUGUAAAUCAGCUAUUCUAAUGUACACUUAUGACUUUUCAUUUGGAAUUCUGAAUGCUCACUGUCCUGCCACCACUACCUCAAGAGGUCUUCUAAAUGGGUCCACAAUCACUCCUUUGCCUAGUGCCAGACCAUGAUCUGUGAAAUCAGAUCUAUUCUCUCCUGAGCAUUUCUGGGAGAUGUGUUCAUGGACCUGUGCAUCUGCAAGCACAGAUUUUGUUUCAGUUACCCAGACUAGCAUUCUCAAGCAGCAGAAAAUCUAACAGAUGGUAGAUUAGUGGUAAUUUAUCAUUACACAAGGCAGAAAGGAUGGAAGGAGGAGUUACAGCCGCAAGUGUGAAGAGGCACCUUAUGCUACAAAGACAUGCCAAGAACCCAGUGGUGUUCUUUCAAGGGUUCUCUGGGCCAUGGUCUGCAGUUGAAAAAUGUCUCUCCUAUCUCCUUCGGAGGAUGAAAGUCAUAGUUCCUUAAAUUGGACUACGUUGAGAAAAUCUUAAAUAUCUUCUUUUCCCUUACCCCAUCCCC